AUGUUUCAGCGGCCUCCAGUGACCCUGUCCCUCCUCUCCACCUCAACCCUGCGAGCCGCCAGCCCAAAUUCGUGGGAUGCCAAGCCGGCGGUGGUUUUAUUACAGGAUGGAGCCUGCAACAUAUUAAUUAACACUGGGCUGCCGAGUCAGGGACCAGAGAUCGUUGAAGAAUUAACGUCUCGACGAAUCUUCGACGCGCAAUUCACCGUGGCCACCUCGCCGCAUCUGCAGUUUAGCGGCAAUCUGAAUUUGUUCCCGAAUGCCCAGAUUAUUGGCCCUUCUGAAGACGCCAUCACGGUAUUUGCCACUAAUGUCCCUGCGAUGGGUACCGUUGCGAUAGUUGGACUAUUAUUCCCGGAGGCUGAGCCACUCGAGCGGAUAUCCACUCUCUGGACUACCAAUGUUGCAAAAACCGUUCAGUCGCGUAGAAUUGUAAUCUGCGCAGCGGAUUGGAUCCAACCGGCCUAUGGUAUGCCAUUCCCCGUGACACCCGCGAUGCGCGAUCAAGCCGGAUGUACAAAAAGAUUGUUUCAA